AAAGAUUGUACACCGAUGUGAUCUGCUGAUGAUGAAAGUUGGACUUUUUGCGGAUUAUGUGGAGGUGUCUGCACGGAUCCCAAGUUAACAUCUUGUUUUUCGGACUUUGAAUGCUUUCGGACCACGCUUUUGGAAACUUUAUCUAAACUUGGUGAAAAGAUGGAAAACAAGGAGGAAUCAACGAGUUGUUCAGUGAGCGUCCUGACCUGGGACCAGGUGAGCCGGCUGAAUGAAGUUCUGACGGAGGUUGUUCCCGUUCACGGACGGGGGAACUUCCCUACCUUAGAGGUGCGGCUGAAAGACAUUGUGGCCCGGGUGCGCUCCCGCCUAGAGCGGAGUGGCAUCAGAGUGAAGGACGUACGGCUCAACGGCUCCACGGCCAGCCACGUGCUGGUGCAGGAUAUCGGCUGGAGCUACAAGGAUCUGGACGUCAUCUUCAGGGUGGACCUGCCGCACGAGGCGGAGUUCAGGCUCAUCAAGGACGUGGUGCUGGGCACCCUGCUGGACUUUCUACCCGAGGGUGUGAACAAGGAGAAAAUCACACCCAUGACUCUCAAAGAGGCUUACGUCCAGAAGCUGGUGAAGGUCAACACUGAGCAGGAUCGCUGGAGCCUCAUCUCCCUCUCCAACAACAACGGCCGCAACGUGGAGCUCAAGUUCGUGGACUCGAUACGACGUCAGUUUGAGUUCAGCGUGGACUCCUUUCAGAUUGUGCUGGACUCCAUGCUCACCUACUACGAGCUGGCACAGACGCCCAUGUCACAGGCCUUCCACCCCACUGUGAGUGGGGAGAGCGUGUACGGGGACUUCAGCAUGGCGCUGAGCCAUCUGCGGAACAAGCUCAUCGCCACCAAGCGGCCCGAGGAGAUCCGAGGCGGCGGCUUGCUGAAAUACUGCAACCUGCUGGUGCGGGACUUUCGGCCCGCCAGCGAGGAGGAGUUCAAGGCCCUGGAGCGCUACAUGUGUUCCCGCUUCUUCAUCGACUUCCCCGACAUCGGCGAGCAGCAGCGUAAAGUGGAGGCCUACCUCCAGAGCCACUUUGUAGGUGAGGAGAAGAGCAAGUACGACUACCUCAUGAUCCUGCGGAGGGUGGUCAACGAGAGCACGGUGUGCCUCAUGGGCCACGAGCGGCGGCAGACCCUCCACCUCAUCUCGUUGAUGGCCUUCCGAGUGCUGGCGGAGCAGAACGCCAUCCCCGACGCGUCCUGCGUCACCUGCUACUAUCAGCCGGCGCCCUACGUCCGAGACCACAACUUCAGCAACUACUACGUGGCUAACCAGAACAUUCCAACAUGGCUGCCUUGUAACUGACAGAAAGAAAACAAGUGGACGGACGCACAAGAGGGCACCACUGCUGCUGCUUUCGAGAAAAGAGGGAGAAAAAAAUAAAACUCUCCAAAAAAAAAAUUAUUAUUGAGGCAAUAAAUGCUAUGUUCCUCUCAAGGCACAAUUAUAUUUAAGUGGACAAGUGUUUUGCUUUGUUUUUUGGAAUCCUUUCUCAUUCCUUAUCCACAGAGAUGUCUAGGUCAUUGAAUAGAAAGGGAUAUUUUUAAGUGUUUAGAUUUUUUUUUUUUUUUUUUUGGUCGGUUGUUUCCCUGUUUAUCAGAGUUGUUUUGUGCCGUAACCUCCCAGUUGACCCCCCAAUAAUUUCUGUAAGGGCCAUUUUUUUUCAAUAAGGGGAAGAAGAAGAAAAUGUAGCCUUAAAUUUGGUUUUCUCCUGUGAUCAGUAAAAGUUUAAAAAAUAAAAAAAAUAAGUAAAAUAUUGGAAAAUAGUGUUAUUGGGGAAAGGGUAAUAUAAUAGGUGAUGACUCCAAAAAAAAAUCAGUGGAUCAGUGUUAAAGUUUUGUUCACUGGGGAGGUUAGAAAAGGUGGUGCACUAAUAACUUUGUUCACAUCAGAAAUGAAGGGGAAGCGAGAGGAGUCAAUUUGUUUUAAUUCAUUUCGACAUGUAAAUAUCUCUCACGGACAUUUGUGGUCUCCCUAAUAUGCCAGCAGUGCCUGUGAUUUGAAAUCGAUGCAAGAGACAAUGUGUCUAUUUUUAUUUUCCACUGUGAAUUUCAGUGCAGGACGAUCUCCCCUCCUUCCUCUGGAUCCAGUUUACUCAGCCAUGUACUUCUCAGGCGAGACCGGCUUUGAGAGGAAAUCUGCUGCGAGACGAUGCAGGCCUCAGAUAGACGGGCUCCUGUGUGUCCUGAGGAGUUAUUGUUCCUCUGUUUUAAAUCCCUUCCAAAGCCUCACAUCAGUGACCUCCAGAUGUCACAAUCUUCUGACUGUUGUGGGAAAAGCUGACUGACGGAAGAAAGCGGACAUGGGCGCGUUGAGAGCAUGUGGCUGGCCUCGUCUGCAGCGAGAGCUGGCUGGGAGUCCUGGAGUGACAGGCUGACUGGCUGUCCCUUCCCUUAAAAGGACAGCACAUGGUGGGGCCCCAGGCUCGUCCCUCACGACCAUUGCAGGCUCGACAGCAGCCCUGAAAUGGGAUCCUCUCUGACGCAGUGACUGGCUCUCAAACUACAGGCCGUCAGUAAUCUUUUUUUUUUGUUUUUCUUCUUCCUCCUGGAGGAGGUGUCUUUGGAGCAGGGAACUGGGGAUGGGUGUGCAGGCGGCAGCAGCCCCGCCACCUUCCAUGUGUGGGGAGCUGAGUCACUUCCUAUCCUAUCCAGUCCCUGCUGGAACAACGCUGUGUUUGAACCCCUUUUGUGGUCAUGGGAGCACAGACAGCACAGAGUGCAACUGGUAUGUUAAUAGAAAUGCCAUGAUGUAUGCCAGUUGGAUGACACUCCCCCUCCCCCCCCCCACCUAUAAAUUACUAUUUGUAGCUAAGCCUAUUAUUAGCUGUUCAUUUUGAACACUUGCAGUGUGGCAUUACUAGCAGAUGUCCUAAGCUGUGACUUUAACCUGUCAUCUCUUAAGCAUCCAGGUUUGACAGAAUAGUUGCUAAACUUCUUAUGUAAGUGGCAACUGCUGUUGCCCCCCCCCCCCCCUUCACCCGUCAGUUUCUCUGAAGCUCUAGCUUAUUCCUGCUUAGUGCGGCUCAUGCCUAUACCAGAUAACCGGAAACAUCUUAUCUGGAUGGCCCACAACUCUCGACUGGUUAGACUAUUUAGUUAGGGAGACAGUCAGCUGUGCCUCUUCUGCGGGUCACAGGGGUUUGCUCUGCUGGCUUGUUGCUGCUGAACUUUGACAUGGGAAAUGCAAAAGUCUUUUUAAAAACAAGUGAGGUGCCACACACUGUCUUGCUCUGGACCAAAGCAACCAGCAACUGCAGCACUUAAGUGCCUUUUUGACGUUUUUGGAGAGUGAUUUAGCUUUUUAAAGGUUUUUUUUGUUAUUUAACCAUGUUUUUCCCCUUUAGUUGUCUCUUUGUUUCAGUCCCAAACCAUAUUUAACCUUGAAACCCACUCGUCUUAGUCAUUCCUGUCAGUCUUCUCGGCCGUUUUGUUUUACUCCCAUAUCUUACAAGUUUGGGUCCUGUUGUCACUGGCAGCCAUGUUGACCUCUGUCAUGCCUGAAUGCCUUUCUCAAAAUCCGACUUUUGAUUCAUUCUGAUUUUAGGUUUAGACAUAAUACAUUUACGCCCUUCAUUUAUAUAUUUCCCCCAUUCAUUUAAUGGACUGCCUAGCAUUGUAGCUCCAGCUGCUCCAAAGCAGCCUGGCCAGAUUUGUUUUGCUGAACAUUUUGUCCCCAAACCAAAGCCUUACCUGAAGUGCACUGAUGAGCCAUACUUUCGCACAGUAGCUGGAGGUCACCCAGCAGAGACUCCAUACUAACAGAAGCACUUUAGAGGCCUUGUUUUACUCCAAACCCAGCCACCUGAGAGGAAUGCAAAUAAGCUAAUGUGGUCUAUUGCUGGAGGGAGUUGAGCUGCUUCUCAGGGACAUGAUGUGUUUGAGUGCUUGUUUUGUGCCUUUUAUUUUUGGAGGGUACAUUGGUUUAAUUCCCUCCUAAUACUCCUCUUUAUUUUGUGUUUUGUUAAUUCUAACUUUGACUCUCCUCUUCUUACCCAAACUACAGGUUGUUAUCGGCAUAGCUCAUGCCUGAAGGUUGAGGUAGCCAGCAAACUUCAGCCUGACAGCAGCGCUCGGUUUUCUCUGUGCAUCCAACCUUAUCACUCGGUGGGUAGUCCCCUCUUAGUGUAGUGCCAACAGCUGAUUUUUGUCAUUGAACUCCUAAACCUCACACACCCUGCUAGUGCUAAAAAUCCCCAUCAGACGGCACAUGAUCGUAAUCAUUCCCCAGUCUGCGUGUCCUCUCUGAGUGAUGAUAAAUUGGCUUAUUAAAGCUUGGCGCCACAUUCAAAACCAGCAGCCCGGUGGGCUGCUGCUGCUGCUGCUCAGUCCCAGGUUGAAGUCUGCUGAGCUUGAAGCCCUUCUUGGGUUUUUGUUGACCUCGCUCGCUAAAAGUAGUUUUGAGCGAGAUCAAAGAAAAUGCAACAUACAAAAGAAACUUGCAUUUUCUAGACAGUCGAUAGUGAAUGCAGCCUGAAUUGUAAACCCUCUGCUUUUCCUCCUUUUUUUUUUUUUUUUUUUUGGUCCACCCAACCUUCACAUGUUUAUGACUUUCUGACGACUGAAAAUUUGUGCCUGUUUAUGAAAGCUUUACCUUCCCCCAUUAGUAGAUUGGGGUGCAGCAGGGCUCAUGCUAAAUCACUUUCUUCGCCUGGAUGGAUGGAUGGAUGCGUGGAUGUACGUCGAUCAACAUUUAGUCUUUGUGAAGGACGUGUUUAUAAAAACAAAAAAAUAAGGAUGAAGUGUAUUUUUGCCUUUUUUUUCUUUUCUGGCCCCCACUUUUUUUCUGCUGUAAACUACUUAUUGAUCCCGUUGCUUCUCUCACUUACCUUGCCUUCGAUUGUCCCACUUGUUUGGGCCUUUGUUAAUUAGUGCAGUGUGUGUUUUUUAAUUUAUGACACCUGUAGUAUGUAUUCUUUGCUGGAGGGGGUGCAGAGCAAGCUGUGGAUUAAAUAUUUUGUGGUUGUGUAAAGUACAAGUCUUACCAUAGGAAUGUGCUGGAGGCUCUCCUACACUUUCUAUAUCAGGAGUUGUUAAAACAAAUUGCAGCAGAUUUGUUAAUGCAUGGAGGUGUGUGUGCUUGUUUGCAUGUGUGUAUGAAGGGAUGCCUGUUAUAAAAGUUUAAAAAGUGGGUAAAAAUAUGAAUUGUCUAUUUUUUUUUUUCUUUUUUGAAAUAGUAAAUGCAAGAGCUUUUUGUCAGCUUUGUGAAUGUGACAAUGAGUUUGAUGGUUAAAACCAUUCUACUAUUUCAUUUUUCAAGACUUUUACCUCACUUGAGUUUUCCUUUUGAAUGGAAAUUUACAUGUACAUCAGGAAAAUGUGUGAAGAGGAAAUAAUGAAUAAAGAGUAUUAAAUUCAA